CUGAUAAGGACAUGUGAAGCACAAUUGAAGAAGCACCGAUUAUCAAUAUUUUGUCUUUUUCACUUCUUAGUAUCCUUUGAGAUGGAAGGAAGAAAGACAGGCUUAUGGUAAAUCCUGGUGAAUAUUCAUGGGAGGUCAGCAAGUGUUGGCCUGAUUAAGACUGGUAAAAAAACAGGGUGCUUCAUCUCUGAUUGUAAUGAUGAGGAUGAAGUUCCCAAAACGUUAUGUCAUAGUAUUGCUGACAUUCAUCUGCACCAAUGUUUGCUACAUUGAGCGUGUGGGCUUCUCAAUUGCUUACACUAUAGGAGCUGAUGCCAUCGGUGUGAAUCAAGCAAACAAGGGCAUGAUACUCUCUAUGUUCUAUUGUGGUUAUGUUUUGUCACAGAUUCCUGGUGGAUGGGCAGCACAGAGAAUAGGAGCACAGGGUUUCAUAUUUCCUUCCAUUCACACUGUUCUGGCGCAAUGGGUGCCACCACAGGAGCGUUCUCGCUCGGUGUCUCUUACUACCUCAGGGAUGUAUCUUGGUGCAGCCUGUGGCAUGCUUUUCUUUCCAAGUCUGGUGAAGCACAUGGGACCCCAGUCAGUUUUCUUUGUUGAAGCAGUAUUGGGAGUAGCAUGGUCUGUAGUAUGGUUGAAAUUUUCCAGUGAUCCACCUCGUACUGAUCUUCCAAAGGUGGCAAUGCCAAAAGUGGCAUCUCGAGACAUGAUUAAGGCACAAGCAGGAGGGGUUGUCGCACCUCGCACUGUAAAGAUCCCAUGGCGAAGGAUAAUAUUCAGUCUACCCGUUUGGGCCAUUGUUGUAAACAACUUCACCUUCCACUAUGCCCUGUACGUUCUUAUGAACUGGCUCCCUACUUAUUUUGAGCUAGGCCUUCAGCUCAGCCUCCAGGAUAUGGGUUCCUCAAAGAUGCUUCCCUAUUUCAACAUGUUCAUUUUUUCCAAUAUCGGUGGAGUGGUUGCUGAUCACUUGAUUACAAGAAGGAUAUUGUCUGUUACCAAAACAAGGAAGCUCCUGAACACUAUCGGGUUCGUUGUUUCAGCUAUUGCGCUUAUGGCCCUUCCUUCAUUCAGUACUCCCUCUGGCACUGUAAUCUGUUCAGCGAUAUCUCUUGGUUUUCUGGCUCUAGGAAGAGCAGGGUUUGCUGUAAAUCAUAUGGAUGUUGCUCCAAAGUUUGCAGGGAUAGUAAUGGGGGUCUCAAAUACAGCUGGGACACUAGCUGGAAUUGUUGGUGUCGGCCUCACCGGAAAUAUUCUGGAGGCGGCAAAGGCUUCUAACAAGGAUCUAACAAGCUCAGAAACCUGGAAAACAGUCUUCUUUGUUCCAGCAUACCUUUGUAUUUUCAGUUCUGUCAUUUUUUUGAUUUUUUCGACCGGUGAAAAGAUUUUCGAAUAAAGGAUGAUUAUUUUUUGCAUCUACUUUUCUUCUCAUUUAUGGUGAGGCAGGAUAUCAACACUGGAAUCUCACAUGUAUCUGUAGCAUUUGUCACUUUUCAGAGUUCAGACCAUAUCCCCACACAUGUAUACAAACUAAGUUAGAAACAAUCACGCAUUUCUGUAGUA